AUUGGCUGGAAGGAUGGAAUUUUGUGGUUUCCAAUUUCCAAACCUGAUAUGAUCCCCCAGCUGGAACAAGGGGAAGAGUCAUGGGUCUCAGAGCUCCAGGAUUCAGAGGAAAGACAGAUCCUGAGAGCUCCCUGCAUAGGAGGUGAUGCAAUGGCAUGUGAGAAAGAGGAGCAGAAUUCUCAGCAGGAAGAUGCUGAGCAAGUGGAUAAACACAGAGCACUAUCACAAAGAUCGGAAAGGAACGUGUCCGGGAGUCAUGACCAGGAAAAAUCCUGCGAGAUUCAGCACAGACCAGAAAGAGAGCAGGGAAACCAGCCAGUGGAGGAAGUGGGUGAAUAUAUUUCCUGUCAAGAAACUCAAAAGGACCUCAAGGAAAGUACAACACAGCAGGAAAUCCUCACGGGAAAGAGAAAAAAUACAUGCACUGAGUGUGGAAAAAACUUGUGUGACGACUCAGCCCUUAUAAAGCAUCAGAGAAUCCACACCGGGGAGAGGCCCUAUCAAUGCAGUGAGUGCGGGAAAACCUUCAAUCGCAGCUCGCACCUUAUUAGCCAUCAGAGAAUCCACACAGGGGAGAGGCCGUAUGAAUGCCGUGCGUGUGGGAAAAGCUUCACUAACAGCUCAGCCCUUUCUGAACACCAGAGAAUCCACACCGGGGAGAGGCCCUACGAGUGCAGUGAGUGUGGGAAAAAUUUCACUCACCGAUCAGCCCGUUCUAGACAUCAGAGAAUCCACACUGGGGAGAGGCCGUAUAAAUGCAGUGAGUGUGGGAAAAGCUUCACUAGCAGCUCAGCACUUUCUGGACAUCAGAGAAUCCACACCGGGGAGAGGCCCUAUGACUGCAGUCAGUGCGGAAAAAACUUCAGUCACAGAUCAGGCCUUUUUGAGCAUCAGAGAAUCCACACAGGGGAGAGGCCCUAUGAAUGUAGUGAAUGUGGGAAAAACUUCACCCACAGAUCAGGCCUUUUUCACCAUCAGAGAAUCCACACAGAGGAGAGGCCCUAUCAGUGCAGUGAGUGUAGGAAAACCUUUAAUCGCAGCUCGCACCUGAUUAGGCAUCAGAGAAUCCACACUGGAGAGAGGCCCUAUGAAUGCAGUGAGUGUGGGGAAAGCUUCACUAACAGCUCAGCCCUUUCUGAACAUCAGAGAAUCCACACCGGGGAGAGGCCCUACGAAUGUAAUGAGUGUGGGAAAAACUUCACUCACCGAUCAGCCCUUUCUAGACAUCAGAGAAUCCACACCGGGGAGAGGCCCUACGAAUGUAAUGAGUGUGGGAAAAACUUCACUCAAAGAUCAGCCCUUUCUAGACAUCAGAGUAUCCACACAGGGGAGAGGCCGUAUGAAUGCAGUGAGUGUGGGAAAAACUUCACUCACAGAUCAGGCCUUUUUGAGCAUCAGAGAAUCCACACAGGGGAGAGGCCCUAUGAAUGCCGUGAGUGUAGGAAAACCUUCAAUUGCAGCUCACACCUUGUUAGGCAUCAGAGAAUCCACACUGGCGAGAGGCCCUAUGAAUGCCGUGUGUGUGGGAAAAGCUUCACUAACAGCUCAGCCCUUUCCGAACAUCAGAGAAUCCACACGGGGGAGAGGCCCUAUGAAUGCCGUGAGUGCGGGAAUAACUUCACUCACAGAUCAGGCCUUUUUCACCAUCAGAGAAUCCACACAGGGGAGAGGCCCUAUCAAUGCAGUGAGUGUGGGAAUACCUUCUCUUCCCACUCAGCCCAUUUUAUCCAUCAGAGAAUCUGCAACGGGGCUCAAGACCAUAAAAACCUCUAGGGCUAUCAAUACUUUAGUUUUCCUAAUUCCCACAUAGUAACUUUUUUUUAAAGCUGUUUGAACUGUUUGCAGGACCGUUAUCCCUCAGCUUGUCCAGAUGAGUGGCCCAUUUUAGCCUUUUGCAGUUCACCCUCUUUGAGGUGGACCCAUUUGUCCUUUCUAUCAAUUCCAUUCUUCCAUUUGAGUAAUUUGAGUGUGCCCUUCCUACCAGGGAGCAUCACCUUUAUGCCAUUUCUCCUGUUGCAACAUUAGAGUCACCAGUGAUGCAGCUUGUAUCAUUGCCAGUUGUUCUCAUGUUGCUCUGGGUUGUACUGAAGAGCAGUUAUAUUGGGAACUUUUAAAUUCUAUUUAAAUGAAGAGGAGCAGGGGCAGGAAAAGAAAUGUCAUUUCACCCUCUGUGACACUGGAAGGAUAUG